CCUCUGCCGUGGGCUCAGUCGCUGCGCAGUCUCGCCAUGGCUUGCUACAUCUACCAGCUACCGUCCCGAGUGCUGGACGACCUGUGCCGCAACAUCGACACGCUCAGCGAAUGGGACUGGAUGCAGUUCGCCUCCUAUGUGAUCACGGACCUGACACAGCUGAGGAAGAUCAAAUCCAUGGAGCGGGUGCAGGGUGUGAGCAUCACCCGGGAGCUGCUGUGGUGGUGGGCCAUGCGACAGGCCACCGUCCAGCAGCUGGUGGACCUCCUGUGUCACCUGGAACUCUACCGAGCUGCCCAGAUUGUCCUGAGCUGGAAGCCUGUUCCUGAGAGCAUGUCUCCUCUUCCAGCCUUCCCAGAGGUGGUGAAGCCAGGGCCUGUGGCUACUUCUGGAAGAAAACUCAAGGAUGAACAGGAAAAGGGCCAGCUUGUGAAGCCGGGCUCCUUUCUGGACUCAGGGACCACUGUGGCUGGGGCCCAGCAGCAAGCCUCCCACCAGCUUCCAUGCAAGGAGGAUGCCCCUUGUUCCUUGAAAACUGACCAACCUGACAUUUCCCAGUCUAAGGACUGCAGCACUUCCACAUCUGUCCCCAAGCAGGAAAAGCUUCUGAGUUUGCCCGGAGACAGGCUUUUCUGGAGUGAGGCAGAUGUCGUCCAAGCAACUGAGGACUUUGACCAAAGCCACCGAAUCAGUGAGGGGACCUUUGCCGAUAUCUACCGGGGGCAAAGGCAUGGUGUGGCCUUUGCUUUCAAGAAGCUCAGGGAGAUGUCUGGCUCCAGUCCAGGGUCCAUGGACAGAUUCCUGCAGGCAGAGAUGCAGCUUUGCCUUAGAUGCUGCCACCCCAAUGUCCUACCUCUGCUGGGCUUCUGCACUGGAAGACGGUUCCACAGCCUCAUCUACCCCUACAUGGCAAAUGGCUCUCUGCAGGACAGACUCCAGGUUAAGGGUGACUCAGACCUGCUGCCCUGGCCCCAGCGUGCCAGCAUCUGCUCAGGGCUGCUUCUUGCUGUUGAAUACCUGCAUAGCCUGGACAUCAUCCAUAGCAAUGUCAAGAGUGCCAAUGUUUUGCUGGACCAGCAUCUUAGCCCUAAGCUGGCUCAUCCAGUGGCUCAUCCCUGUCCUGCCGAUAAAAAGACCAAAUACACCGUAAUGAAGACCCACCUGUUCCAGGCCUCAGCUGCAUAUCUGCCUGAAAACUUCAUCAGGGUCGGGCAGCUGACUAAGCAAGUGGACAUCUUCAGCUGCGGAAUUGUAUUAGCUGAGGUCCUCACCGGCAUCCCUGCGAUGGACAAGGACCGCAGCCCGGUUUACCUGAAGGACUUGCUUCUUAGUGAGAUUCCCAGCAGUACUGCCUCGCUCCACUCCAGGAAGACAGGCCUGGGGAAGGUGGUGGCGAAAGAGAUCUGUCAGAAGCACGUGGAGAGGAGGGCAGGGCUGCUGCCCGAGGCCUGUGCUGAGGCCUGGGCCACCGCUGUGUGUCUCUGCCUGCGGAAGCGCAAUGCCGGCUUGGAGGAGGUACGAGUCUCCAUGGCUGGGGUAGAGGAGCAACUCCGAGGUCAGCCAUCCCUCCCUUGGAGCAGGGUUUCUGAGGGCACAGGCCUGUCUUCCAAUACCCCAGAGGAAACAGAUGAUGUUGACAAUUCCAGCCUCAGUGUCUCCUCUUCUGUGAUGGUGGCAUCGUGUACAAGGGUUGCUUCCUCUCCACUCUCUAGGGAGAAUGAAAUAGCACAGCCAUCAACCAGUGGAGGACUGGAGGAUGACUCCUCCUUAGAGGCCUGCACAGGCCCACAGCCACCCCACGAUGCUCCAGAGACUUCAUGGAAGAUUGAGAUCAAUGAGGCCAAAAGGAAACUGAUGGAGAACAUCCUACUCUACAAAGAGGAGAAACUGGACAGCAUUGAGCUUUUUGGACCCUGAUGACCAGAGCCCAGCUGAGGACCCUUAUCCUCAACUGGAUAGACAAUUGUCCAGUCAAGGAAGACGUCUUUGGCAGCCCAAGUUCUGUCAAGAUGCAUACAACCUAAAUACCAGCCUGGAACAGAAGGAAACCUGUUCAUCAGAGUUGAGUUGUAGGGGAGGGGGCAGGGGACCUCAACUUUCACAGACACCAAACUCCAGGAAUCGCUCUUCCUUUCUGAGACUCCUUAGAGGACCAUGAAGUGGAAACGCCUGGUAUGCGACCCACGGAUUUGGGUGGUUUUGUGGUUCCAGGGAGCUCAUCCACAAUAGGUGCUGUUGCUCCAGCAGCUCUCACUCUCCACAACUGACAAGAGCAAUCCUGCAGCACCCAUGGUGUUUUCCAGAGUUCUCGUCUGUCAGUCAUAUUUGCCGACAGCUUUCUGCAAACUUCCAUUUCCUAAGACUGUCAGCUGGUGUCUCAGUGCAAUUCUUGACUCAUCUCUCAAGUUCAAGAUUACAAAAGCAAGGCACUUGGCGAAGGACUUCGUAGGCAUUCUGCUUCUUCUGUUGGCAAUCUUGUAAGCCACUGGUGAACGGCUUGCUCUGCACCUUCAUCCUCCCUUCACACCAAUGUCCAUUUUUUUUUUUUUAAUGGAGACUCCAAGAUUGUGUGUUAUUUAUAGCUGGGUGAAGAAUCAUGAGAACUAGUCUCAUGUUUGAUUCUGCUGCUAUUUAAGUCAAUCACUCGGUGUGUGGGAACUCCGUAUCCUUGUAAGGUCCCCCUGCUCUGUUCUCCCUGCCUCAGCUCUUGGGAGGGAAGGGGCAGUGGCUAUAGAAGCACUUUGAAAAAUGUAUCUGUCCUGUUUUAUAAAACAAAUGAAAGGUAUUAAGUUCACGUUUCUGCCAUGUAGAAAAUGUUUAUGCAGUGAAUGUAUUUUUGAAAAGUCAUGUUGCCAACCUUUUUGUAAAACAAAGCUAUUUCUAAUUCACUAUUUAAAACAGUUCCCACUAUCAUGACCCUCUUGUAAAAAAAAAAUGUUUGUAAUCUAUCAUAUGUCUUAUAAUUGCUUUUGUGUCUGGGCAAUUUGUUUACAGAAAGUGUUUGACUCAAGGACUCUUGCUUUUGCUUUUACUUAUGUAUUUUUGCUUGUAUAAUGUGUGUGUGCAUUUAUGUGUAUGAAUGUGGUGUACAUACUACCAUGUGCUUGUGGAGCUCAAGAGGAUGACUUAGCUGUCAAUCCUUCUUCCACAAGGUUUGUUAUUUUUCUGCUUCUUACACAAGGCUAGCUGGCCCAUCUCUGUGCAGGAGUGCUUCAAUUAUCUAGACCCUUGCUACACGCCUAGCUUUUAUGUGGGUCCUGGUAUUUGAACUCAAAACCUCAUGGUGUGGCAAGUGCUUUAACCCACACAGUAGACUUAGGAUAUUGUCACUUCAGGAUGGAUUCCAUCAUCAGUGCCUCCACUGUAGUGGGGAUGAGGCAUUUGUACACUCUUCGUGGAUAUUAAAGUUGUUUU